AAGGAAUGACGCAUACGGACAUUUCAAAACACAGAAACAUGGAAUUUCAAGCGAAAAAGAGACUGCAAAGGGGAAUAACUUUGAUUGGUGAUGCAUAUGAUAAUAAGAUGGGUUAAAAACAGGAACUCUCUUUUUCCUGGAGGUAAAAGAGGUAUGGUGAUCAACAACAAUGUUGUCGAGGUUAAAGUUAUUGCACCCUCGGCACUUGCAGCUUUUUGUGGAUUCCGUGACACCACUGAAUGCUUAUCACACGAAAUGUGGUGUAUAUGGACAUCAUCCAAGAACUAAAGCAGAGACAAAAAUCGAUGAUGCUACAAUACAAAACAGGAUACAACAGAGUAAUGUGUACAGACUGGUGGAAGCCUACAGGACUUUCGGACACAGGAAAGCCACCUUAGAUCCCCUACAGCUGGCAGAAACUGAAAAUGUCCAAGAACUGGAUGCUAGACUCUACGGAAUUUCCACUGACAGUAAUCAAACCAUUCAAACAGAGGGAAUUUUUAAUGGACCAAAUAUGACAAUUGAAGAACUUGUAAAAAAUCUUGAGUCAGUUUACUGUGGUCCUGCUGCCAUUGAGUUUCAACAUUUAGAGGAAGCUGAGGAGAAAGAAUGGUUAGCUAAAGCUUUUGAGACACGAGGGGAGAUAGAGUUUACAGCCCAGACAAAGAAAGAGUUGGCAGAUUUAAUGCUGCGUUGUCAGGCAUUUGAUCACUUCUUGGCCAGCAAGUUUGUAAAUGUAAAACGUUAUGGAGGAGAGGGAGGUGAAAGCAUGAUGGCCAUUUUUGAAGAAAUCUUCAACAAGUGUUCACAAAACAGUAUCACAGAUGUGGUUAUAUGUAUGCCACACAGGGGACGAUUAAAUUUUCUCACCUGUAUGUUAAAGUUUCCUCCAGUUAUCAUGUUCAGAAAGAUGAAGGGUCUAGCAGAGUUUCCACCCAAUGUCUCAGGAAGUGGGGAUGUUUUAUCACAUCUUUACACCUCUGUUGAUUUAAACUACGCUGACAAAGAUGUUCAUGUUAGCCUGAUUCCCAAUCCCUCACAUUUAGAGGCUAACAACCCAGUAGCUGUUGGGAAGGCCCGAUCUAAGCAACAGAAUUUACAGUGUGGUGAAUACAGCCCUGAUCCCACAGAGGAGAAAGUAUUGUGUGUGCAAGUGCACGGUGAUGCUUCUUUUUCUGCUCAGGGUAUAGUAGCAGAAACAUUCAGUAUUGCUGAGUGUCCACACUUCAAUGUCGGUGGCAGUAUACACUUAAUUGUUAACAACCAGGUGGGCUUCACAACGGAGGCUUCCAGAGGCAGGUCCUCUAGAUACAGUAGCUGUCUGGCCAAAAUAAAUGCCUAUCCUGUUCUACAUGUAAAUGCAGACUACCCAGAGGAAGUUUUACGAGUGACUUCUAUAGCCAUGGACUACAGGAAAAAGUUCAACAAAGAUGUCAUCAUUGAUUUCAUCUGCUUCCGCAAACAUGGCCACAAUGAACUAGACGACCCCUCCUUUACCCAGCCGACCAUGUAUAAAGCGGUGAGAGGGAGGGACAGUAUUCCCAACCAGUAUGCUAACCUUCUUGUGUCCCAGGGACUGUGUGAGCAGGAGACAUUAAAUGAAUCUGUCAAGACUUGGAAUGCUACACUAUCUGACCAUAUGUCUCAAGUGGAAUCAUAUACACCUCAAAGAUUUGACCUCCAGAGUCAGUGGAGUGAGCUGGUACAGCCAGGAGACAUGAUAACACACUGGGACACAGGGGUCUCUGUAGAUCUACUGAAAUACAUAGGACAGAAGUCUGUAACCUGCUCUGAUCUGAAAAUCCACCCCAAUGUACAGAAGGCCCAUGUGGACCGUCGUCUGGAGAGGAUGAAGGAGGGACGGGGGCUGGACUGGGCCACAGCAGAGGCUCUGGCUUUUGGUUCACUGCUCUACCAGGGUUAUAAUGUUCGAGUGAGUGGACAGGAUGUUGGGAGGGGAACCUUCAGUCACAGACACGGUAUGCUGGUGGACCAGGAGACGGAUGAGAUCCACAUCCCCCUAAACCACAUCAAGGAGGGUCAGACAGGCUUCCUGGAGCUGGCUAACAGUGCCCUAUCUGAGGAGGCGGUCCUGGGCUUUGAGUACGGGAUGAGUAUAGAUAACCCUAACAACCUGAUUAUCUGGGAGGCCCAGUUUGGGGAUUUCUUCAUUGGAGCACAAAUCAUCAUAGAUACCUACAUUGCCAGCGGAGAAUUGAAAUGGCUGCUGCAGACAGGACUAGUGAUGCUAUUACCUCAUGGAAUGGAUGGAGCAGGACCAGAACACUCAUCCUGUAGGAUAGAAAGGUUCCUACAGAUGUGUGACAGCAGUGAGGUCAAAGUGGACGGAGACAACAUUAACUUGCAGGUCGUGAACCCCACCACCCCCGCACAAUACUUCCACCUCCUCAGGAAACAGAUGGUACGUAACUUUAGGAAGCCCUUAGUAGUGGUGGCUCCAAAAAUCUUACUGCGUCUGCCAGAGGCCACCUCUACUCUUGAUGAAAUGGCCCCUGGAACCACCUUCCUCCCAGUAUUUGGCGACCCUGAUGUGUCUGCGAAGAAUGUCUCCAAAGUUAUUUUCUGCUCUGGCAAACACUACUACACACUAGUAAAGGAGAGGGAAAAUCUCAAACUUCAAAAUGUUGCUGUGAUUCGUUUGGAGAGCUUGUGUCCAUUCCCGGCUUCAGAAGUACAAGAAGAGCUGAAUAAAUUUUCUAAUGCCACAGACUUUGUGUGGAGUCAGGAAGAACACAGAAACAUGGGAGCCUGGAGUUUUGUGUCACCUAGAUUUGAAAAUGUUUUAGGAAAGAAGUUGAGGUAUGCUGGUCGUGAUCACCUGGGGACCCCCGCCACUGGUAUAGGUCUGAUUCAUCAAGCUGAGGCCAAAUCCAUACUGCAGCAAACAUUCAGUUGAUCUCAAAAGGGAGCUAAUAAUAAAUCGAAGUAAUGGUAUCUCAAAAGGGGGAAUCAUAACAAAUCAAAGUAUUCUUGAUAAAUUUCUUUAUUUUAUAUAAGCAGAGGUCUAAUAUUUCAUGUUGUGAUGUCAGUGUCUGAAUUGUACAUUUGGAGUAUAUUGUUUAAA